UUUGGUUUGUGCUUGAGCACUCGAAUGCGAGUUGCUUCUUUUCGGUGUUUUUGAGAAGCUCGACUAUGAUGCCAGGAGAUAGCUGGGAAGAGGUGAGGGAUUAUCGCUUAGCUAGUAAACCAAUAUAGCGCUUUGUUCCUUGUCUUGUGCACGAGAGUUUCUCUGUUUGACUGAUCGUGGAUGAUGAGUGGAUGUGUUGCAUCAUCCAAUGCGUCCCUCGUGCAGAUCGUGAGUUGUGAUAUACCCUCGUCCGCACGUUCCGACCAACUCAAGUCCUCUCCACACCCGCGACAGCAGUCCUUCUGCUGGCGUCAAUGCUUGUGCCCACCAGUCACGGCCUAUUGUCGCGAUGCUGUGUUGCGAAUUUCGAGCUACCAACGACACUCGGGUCACGAACGAGACUCUUCGAUUGCUGACGCUCGUAGCUAACCAAGAAAGCUGUGUCUGGUCCAGGAAGGCAGGCACGAGAUA